GAUUAAAAAGCAGAAAAUGCCCCCAAUUUUGAUUUGGAAUAAAUGUAUUGAAGUAAAAAGUCAAGGAAUUGGUUAUCCAGAUUAUCCAGUGAUUAAUUCAAACAUUAAAUGUCCUUUCAAUUGCACUUUUACUAACGAUAGAAAAUUUGAGAUGAAUGUUUCAACUAUACUUUUCUUUAUACAUGUAUAUUGUUUAAUAAACGAAUGGCCCCAGAAUCGCAGAGAAGAUCAAAAUUAUAUGAUGUAUACAGUUGAAAGUCCUACAGAAACUUUGAGACAUUAUGACAGAAAAUUUCUAACAAACAAAUUUUUAAAUAGUUCAGCUACCUAUCGUUUAGAUAGUUCUGUAUUUAUGCCAUAUGAUGCUUUAACUAGAAUUACUCCAACUACUCCAAAAGAAUAUAUUUGGGAUCAAGAAGAGGUUGUGGCAAGAGUUAAAAAUAAAACAAGAUUGGCCUUCCAAGCAAUUUCUCAUUGUAAUGCUACAUCCGGUCGUGAUCUUAUUUCAAAAAGAUUACAAAAGCUGAUAGGAUUGGAGGUUGUUGGUAUUUGUUUUAGAAGAGGGUGCAAUGAUGAAUGCUAUAACCGAAAUAUAGGUAAUUUAAAUUUGAUUGAAAUUAGCUAA